AUGCUUGACAGCAUUGCUGAGCUACAGAACGAGCAACAAAAACGCGACCAGGAAUCAAACGAGAGAUCCGCUACUCUACUCCGAAUGAAAGUACAGGAGACGUUCUACAGCGCAUGUGAUUGUCUCGACUCUGAGGAGAGCGAUUGUUCUGAAAAGGGAACCCAGACCCCUCGAAAGAAACAAAAGACUUGUUGUGACAAAGAAGAAGGGAAGUGUUACUGUUCAACCAAUCAGGGAGGGGGUGAUUUAGGUACUAUUACUUUGAGGAUUUGCAACGAGUGUGAUGGCGCCGGUGAUCACAAUUCGAACUCGAACAACAAUAACCAACUGGCUCUUCCAGGAGGAUGUAAUUGUAAAGGAGAUAACAGUAACUCUCAAGCGCCUGGACAGUGCUUCUGCUCGACAAACGUUCCGCCGGACCAGCAAAGUUCACAAGAGUCCAAAUGCUUCUGCAACUCAAACACUCAAAACUAUAACAGUUUCCAUCCUUCGCAAUCGCAACAAGACCCAGAUCCACGGCACAGCAACCAGAACUCUAUGCAAGUCAGUUACAUGACAAGCAACUAUCAGUCAAAUCCUCAGGCGCAGACUGACAGUCAAAUAGUAGCCAGAAACAGCUCUAAUUCCAAUAAUGGCAAUGACAUGAGAUCCUCGAUGCCCAGAUACUUGUCGACACAAAACAGCAUCAAUGACAAUAACAACAAUGAAGGAUACCUGUCGGUCUAUACUCAUCAGCAAGCAUCCGGAGAACCCCUUCUGAUUGCCAGCUUCCGAAAAAUGAAAAAACAAAAACAACCCGGACAACGCAGGAAGAAACAAUUCAGACGUCCAAGAAAUCAAAACCAGGAAGCUCCUCAGAUAAACUUGAACGAUGUUCCGCUUUGUAGAUGUAGCACACCCGAGAACGCAAAUGGAUCGCAACCUGGUUCCAGAUUAGAUAACCGGCGACGUCGACGAAGUUCCAGUAUGGUUCCACAAGGCUAUCAAAACAACCCUUCUGUCGAUACUAAAACCGUGAAAUUGUGCUGCUGUCAAGGUAAGACUGAACAAAUAACCAAAGAAAUCAUCUACAUGAUGUUCAAAGAGAACCAAAAACCGAUUAAAAAAGGGAAGCGUAACAACGAUUGCGACGAAUGUUCGGACGAAAGGCAAAAUAGCAGAAAAACAGAAAGCAAAAGAAAUACAUGUACAAAAGAAGAUGUUCAACAAAUGAUACUUCAAUCAGAAAACAUGAUGCUGAGGCAGUGUUUGAUGCAGCAGUCAAUGCUUAUGGCUCAAAGUAACAGCAGAAGAAAGCAUCGUAGCAGCAACCGAACACAAAAUGACAACGCGAACCAAACUACGGGAUCACAAUCUGGUGCAAAUGCUAACCAAUUUUCACAGAAUGCACUGACAUAUCCGUAUUCAAACGAAAAUGGAAACUUUCCUCAACAUAGGAGCAUAUUUGACGGUAUUGAUAGGUUCAAUUUCAAUAACCGCUACCAAGGAUUCGGUCAGAAUCUCAACAAUAAUAACAACAUGUAUAGUCAAGGUCAAAAUGAUUACAGCAAUCACAAUGGUCAAAACCUGGAGCAGGUCGGGAAAUGCUAUUGUACUCGUGCAACCGAUCCAAACGAUCAAACUAUGGCCUCAAACAACCCUAAUGAAGGAAACACUGGUGUUUGUCAUUGCCAACGAAACAGUGAGCCAAAACCAGAACCUUUUCAGCAACGAAUUCAGCCUACAGUUGCUCAUGCAUCAGCUGGCAAUUGUUACUGCAAGGCUGUGAGUUGCAAAUGUGAUGACGCUGCUUCUGACAUUGACAGCGAAAUAGAAUUCAACACAGGACCUCAAACAAGCAACAAGAAGUUCCAAACUGUCACUGAAACCCGCUCGAUAGGCUGCGAGUGUAAAAAAGACAAGCGAGUUCAGAAGAAUUCCCGCAACUGUUGUUGCAAAACUAACACAAACAAAAUGGCAGGUGAAAAUGAAGAGACUUCUGAUUUUUCAACGGACGAUGACUCAUCAAGUGAAGAUGUGCCAUGUCAUUGUAAUGAUUCUUCUCAGUCGCAGAGCCGCUCGCGUUGUUUCAACCAAUACGAAUGUCCAAGUCCAUGUAAUGUACCUUUCACUAGACGGCCAAUAAUGGGAGAGUCGCUUUACAUGAACGAGAGUCUCCCCCCUCUUCAUCCAUUCUGGGGUCCAACAUGUUCAUUGCCACCAGGGGGCCCUAGGCCUUGUCAAUCAAUCCGAGAUUACUACACCAUGCAGUGUGGUCAGAAUGAUGGGUGCACUGCCGCCGGACCAUGGGUUUCCCAGAAUAUGUGCAACUGUGGCUGUCUAGGAGGAAAAAAGACGUCAAAGAAAAAGAGUAAAGGAUCAUCGAAGUCGUCCGGGACGAAAAGCUCCAAGAGCUCAUCUACGAAAUCAUCUACAAAACGAUCAUCCACAAAAUCAUCUACGGUUCCGACAAGCAUUUCGGAUCCCGUGUCAGAACCAUUCAGCGAAGAAGUAGAUGAGGAAGAUGAUGACGAUUAUGCGGACGACAUAAAUGACGACGUGGACGAUGACGAAGAAGAGGACACGGAUACUGUCCCGACAGAACCAAUAUCCAAAACCACUUCUUCAUCUGGUCCAAAAGCAAGUUCCACAUCGCCGUCAAGAGCAUCGUCAAUUACUGGAUCCGCAACUAGAACAUCAACAACAUCUUCUGGAAUAACUGGUUCGGCUGUCGGUGGCACAGGCGCAUCUGAAGGGGCUGGCGAUGACAAUGACUCCGAUUCAGACAGUGAUUUCGGUUCCGCAAAUGCUUCAGAUUACGCUGAUUUGGAACUGUAUUACGUUUCGGCAAAUAACCAGCGGCCUCGUUUCCCACAGAAGGAGUCUGAAAUACAGUAUUCAACUGACAGGAAAGUCUCUAGUCAGUACAAAGAACCAGCACCGUGGUCCUCAACCUUGGAGGGGAACAGAAGUCAAGAUGAAGGACGGAAAACAUCAAAAACCAAAUCCCUAUCUGCAAUUGACGAAGUAAAUGAGGAAAAAAGCAAAGAGACAACAACUUUAGAUCAGAGACCUAUCCAAACUUCGAUAGAUAAGACAAAAUCGUCUAGCUUGAACCCGUUCAAUUUUGAUGAAAAUAGAGUAGAAGAAUACAAAAGAGAGAGUAAACUUACACCAUUGGACUACUUCGAAGAGUCAUCAGCAGCUCAGCUACAGCAGAAAGAGGAAGGAACAAGGAAAUCGAGUGUUAACCCUUUCAUUUUUGAUGAAAACAGAAUCGAAGAAUACGAGAAGGAUCGCGAGACCACUCCAUUGGAUUACUUCGAGGAAACUUCAUUUGAAACGCUAAAAGCGGAUGGUGUAGAAAUAGAGAAAGACGAAUAUAUUCAAAUUUCAGUUACGCCCAGUUGA